AUGGCCUUGCGAAGCGAGGAAAGUCAAGUGAUCCUCGCCUGCGUGGCCGCUGUGGCCGUCGCCGCCCCUCAGUAUGCCUACCAGACCCCUGCCCCGACCUAUCUCGUCCCCGCCGCUUCCAGCCACGAUGAGUCCGCUGAGGUGAUCGAGUUUAUUCCUAUCCUGAGGGACGAUCGCGUCCACGAGGACGACGGAAGGUACAACCUGGACGUAGAAACUGCCAACGGCAUCUCCAUGUCCCAGUCCGGCUCUCCUGACGGUCCCGACGGCGCCAUCGUCAAGGCAGGCCAGUACUCUUACACCGCACCUGACGGUUCUCUGAUCGAGAUCAAGUUCGUGGCCAACGAGAACGGAUUCCAGCCUCAGGGCGCCCACCUUCCAGUGAUCCUCGCCUGCGUGGCCGCUGUGGCCGUCGCCGCCCCUCAGUAUGCCUACGAGACCCCUGCCCCGACCUAUCUCGUCCCCGCCGCUUCCAGCCGCGAUGAGUCCGCUGAGGUGAUCGAGUUUAUUCCUAUCCUGAGGGACGAUCGCGUCCACGAGGACGACGGAAGGUACAACCUGGACGUAGAAACUGCCAACGGCAUCUCCAUGUCCCAGUCCGGCUCUCCUGACGGUCCCGACGGCGCCAUCGUCAAGGCAGGCCAGUACUCUUACACCGCACCUGACGGUUCUCUGAUCGAGAUCAAGUUCGUGGCCAACGAGAACGGAUUCCAGCCUCAGGGCGCCCACCUUCCAGUUGCCCCCGAGUUCCCCCACCCUAUCCCUCAGUUCGUCCUGGACCAGAUCGCCUUCGCCGCCGAGGAAAACGCCGCCCGUGAACGUGCUGAGGCUCAGGCUUCCGCCCCCGCGCCCACCAGACUGUACGGCCAGCCUCAAUAG